AUGGUUGACAACCUCAAAGCCUCAAAUUUGUUACUAGAAACCGGUGACAAUGCAUUUGUGAGAAUGCAUGAUGUUGUUUGUGAUGUUGCCUUAGCAAUUGCAUCCAAGGAUCAUGUGUUUUCAUUGAGAGAAGGUGUUGGAUUGGAAGAAUGGCCAAAGCUGGAUGAACUCCAAAGCUGCAGCAAGAUCUCUUUGGCCUACGAUGAUAUCCGCAAACUUCCUGAAGGAUUGGUAUGUCCAGAGCUUGAACUUUUUGUGUUAUAUCACAUCAGUGAUCCCAUUCUGAAAAUCCCAAAUACAUUUUUUGAAGGGAUGAAAAAGCUCAAAGUUUUAGAUCUCACUAAUAUGCAUUUUACGUCACUCCCUUCAUCACUUUGCUGCCUUGCAAAUCUUCGAACACUCAGUUUAGAUUGGUGCAUAUUGGGAGAUAUAGCUAUAAUUGCAGAGCUAAAGAAAUUAGAAUCUCUUAGCCUUAUAGGUUCUAAUAUUGAACAGUUGCCCAAAGAAAUAGGGCAACUAAUCCAUCUAAGAUUGUUGGAUUUGAGUAAUUGUUCCAAACUUCAAGUAAUUCCACCAAAUAUCAUAUCAAGCUUGUCUCAGUUAGAGUAUUUGUGUAUGGAAAAUAGCUUUACAGGAUGGGAGGUUGAAGGAUCCAAUGAUAAAAAAACAAAUGCUUGCCUUGCUGAGCUUAAAUAUUUGUCUCACUUGGUCACUUUAGAUAUAGAAGUACCAGAUGCCAAGUUACUGCCAAAAGACAUACUCUUUGAGAACUUGAUAAGAUUUAAAAUACUUAUCGGUGAUGUCUGGAGUUGGUGUCAAAAUUGUGAAACCACAGAAACACUGAAGCUCAAUAAGCUCAACACAAGCCUCCAUUCGAUGGAUGGUAUUAGUAAAUUGUUGAAAAGAGUAAAAGAUCUAUACUUACGUGAGCUUAGUGGUGGUAAUCAUGUUCUUUCCGAAUUAGAUAGGGAAGGUUUUCCAGCAUUAAAGCAUUUUCAUGUUGAAAGCAGUCCAGAAAUUCAAUAUAUCAUGCGUUCAGUGGAACAGAUUCCAGGAAAUCCUGUCUUCCCUGCCUUGGAGUCAUUGUAUCUCACGAAGCUGAUUAACUUGCACGAAGUGUGCCAUGGACAACUUCCACCAGGGUCCUUUGGCUACUUAAGAAUUGUAAAAGUUGAUGAUUGUGAUGGGAUUAAGUGUCUCUUUUCAAUAUCUUUGGCUUGA